AUGGGGAGGCAGGUAGCAGGCAAUGAGGAACUAUACAAGGGAGUAAUACGAGUGCUCAGCCCUCAUGGUCAGGAGUCAGGACUGCUUGUAAUAGUUUCUAAAAUGGGUGCUUUUUGGGAGGAGAAAAUGAGUUGGACUGCGGCGGAUGCUGUGGACUACAAAGGGUUUCCUGCUGAUAAGUCCAGAACUGGUGGUUGGGUUUCCGCAGCGCUUAUACUAGGAAUUGAAAUAUGUGAAAGGCUAUCAACUAUGGGAAUAGCAGUGAACCUGGUGACGUACCUAGUUGGGACAAUGCAUUUGCCAAGCUCAACUUCAGCAAAUAUUGUCACAGACUUUGCAGGCACAUCCUUUCUUCUCUGUUUGCUAGGAGGAUUCUUAGCCGAUUCCUUCCUUGGCAGAUACAAGACCAUUGCAAUCUUUGCUUCAAUACAGUCAUUGGGCAUAGUUGCACUAGCAAUAUCAGUAAAAUUGCCGCAGCUGCGCCCACCUCAUUGUGACAUUACUGCUGCCAACAACGACUGCCAACAAGCCAAUGAGUUCCAAAUGGGAUUUCUUUACUUGGCUUUAUAUAUGAUUGCAUUAGGGAUUGGCGGGCUGAAAUCAAGUGUUUCAGGAUUUGGAACAGAUCAAUUUGAUGACAAAGAUGACAAAGAGAAAGCGCAGAUGGCCUAUUUCUUUAAUAGAUUUUUCUUUUUCAUUAGCACUGGAACCUUGAUGGCAGUCACAGUCCUUGUUUACAUACAAGACCAAGUGGACAGAAGCUUGGCCUAUGGAAUAUGUUCCAUUUCCAUGUUCAUAGCCAUCUUGGUGUUUUUCUCGGGGACUAAAAGAUACAGAUAUAAGAAAAGCACAGGAAGUCCCAUAGUUCAGAUUUUUCAGGUUAUUGUGGCUGCUGUAAGGAAGAGAAAGAUGCCACUUCCAUUCGACGUUGCCUUGUUGUAUGAGAAUUAUCCUGAAGCUUCAAGAAUUUGUCACACUGAUCAGUUCCGUUUCUUGGACAAGGCAGCUAUUGUGGCAGAAGAAGAUUUUGAGAGAAAUGCACCUGCAGGUUCUCUUCCGAACCCAUGGAAGUUAUGCUCAGUUACAAGAGUGGAGGAGGUGAAAAUGAUGGUGAAACUACUUCCAAUAUGGGCCACAACCAUCAUGUUUUGGACAGCAUAUGCACAAAUGCUCACCUUCUCAGUAGAACAAGCAUCUACCAUGGAAAGGUCCAUCGGAAAGUUUCAAAUCCCAGCUGGCUCUCUCACAGUCUUCUUUGUGUUAGCCAUAUUGAUCACACUGGCUGUUAAUGACCGUAUCAUUAUGCCUGUUUGGAAGAAAUGGAAAGGCCAACCAGGUUUCACCAAUCUACAGAGAAUUGCAAUAGGCCUUGUCCUAUCGACUCUGGGAAUGGCAGCGGCAGCACUAACUGAGAAGAAGCGGUUAUUAGUGGCUAAAGGCAUGAAAACUAUGAGUACAGGUGCUCUUCCUAUUAGUGUGUACUGGUUAAUCCCACAGUUCUUCCUUGUGGGUUCUGGUGAAGCUUUCAUCUACACUGGCCAGCUCGAUUUCUUCAUAACUCAAUCACCAAAAGGAAUGAAAACUAUGAGCACAGGGCUCUUCCUGAGCACCAUAGCACUAGGCUUCUUUGUCAGUAGCUUCUUGGUUUCGAUCGUGAGGAGGUUCACUGGAAGCAAAGAUGGGCAAGGAUGGCUUGCAGACAAUAUCAACUAUGGAAGACUAGACUGUUUCUAUGGACUUUUGAGCGUUUUAAGUGUCAUAAAUUUUGUAGCAUAUCUUGUUUGUGCAAGGUGGUACAAGCCAAGAAAACCUACCAAACCAUCUAAUGGUUCCUCUGCUGAGGAUAAGUGUUAG